AUGGGCACAAUCCAUAUACAGACUUGGGCUGGGGAUCGGACUCCGCCGGCGGCGGGAGGAGGGAGCGAGCGGGCAGGCGGGCAGGCGGGCAGGCGGGCAGGCGGGCAGGCGGAAGGGGGAGGAGAGGAGAGCAGCCGAGUCCUGUGGAUCUCCACUCCCGUCCGGGCUCCGGGGGGCCCGGGGAGGGGACGGAGGGCGGGAGGAGGGGGAAGCACGACCGUGGGGCCCGGACGAAGUUGGUCCGCGUGGAGGGGCGCCCUGGCUCGUUCCUGGCGCUGCCUCCGCUCUUUGGGUUCCCCGCUGGCGGCCAGCCCAGCCUCUAGGGCCGGGGAGCCCGCGAGGCGUUCGAACUGCCCGGCUCCAAGGAGCCCGGGCCGGGGCCGGGGCGGCCGCUGCCUCCCAGGCCUCCGCCUGCUCUGCUCAUGGCGGCCGGAGCCUGGGGGGAGGGAAGGGACGGCCAGGGGAGGGACGAGGCCUGAGCCGGGCCUGGCUGGGCCCCCCCGGCUCCUGGCCCCACCAAGGCGGGGCCCGCAAACUGGCCCAUUCUCCCGGCACCUCCGGGCUCUGCUUUCCCUUCGCCCCCUUCCGCGCCAGGCCUGGAGAUUUCUCCCACUGGGCAACAGGUCCCGGGGAGGGAAACCUCGCUCAGGACCACAAAAAGGGUGCGGGCCUAACUCUCACUCAUUGAGGAACAAGAUGUACCUGGGCUCCUGGAGUCAGAAAGAGGAAAAGGCAAGGAGAUGGCUUCCUCCCACAACCUUCAGGACCCUUGCCAGGAUCUCUAAGCACUUAACUCUCACAACUCUCCAACAGGGUUAAA